UUGGCCAACAUGGCGAAACCCCGUCUCUACUGAAAAAUAUAAAAAUUAGCCUGGCAUUGGUGGCUUGCGCCUCUAGUCCCGGAUACAUUGGAAGCUGAGGCUGGAGAAUCGCUUGACCCCGGGAAGCAGAGGUUGCAGUGAGCUGUGAUUGUGCCACUGCACUUCAGCCUGGGUGGCAGAGUGAGACACUGUCUCAAAACAAACAAACAAAAAAUUGCUAACAUUUGUGAGGUUCUUAUUAUGUGCCAUGAAUGGAUCUAAGCCCUUCACAUUUGUAAACUCAUGCAAUCCUGGCAUAUACACAAAAAACAAAUGUGGCAGGUACUAUCAUCAUGUCCAUUUUGUAGAUAAAGAAACCGAGGGCCAGAGAAGUUGAAGUAGCUUGCCCUAGGAUGUAGUUUGUAACUCCUAGAGCUGAGAUCUUGUUUAUAUACAAAAGGUUUCAAGAAUCAAAAGUACUCUAAGCCACUUUGCGUUUCGGCUGUCGAGAAAGGGAUAUCCAAAGUUUCAGGUUCGCAGUUUGUGAAACGGAGCUGCCAGCUUUCGUUCUAAGGCGGGCGGAGGUUUGGCACUCCCUCGUCCAACGCUCUGCCCCAGACACCCACUCUCGCUUUCCUCUUCUUCCUCCACCUCGCCCUACUUCCCUUCUUCCUAUCUUCGCUCUUCUUUCGCCUCGCCGCCGUGUAUCCUCGCUCGCUGCCGAGUGCCUCGCAUUACUUCCCUAGCCUCUGCCACGCCACGCUGGAUACGCGCCCACGCGCAGUCCGCCGUCGCGCCUCUAUGACGUGUCGCCGCUUUCGGCUGGGGGGGGGCCGAGGCUGCGCGGAGGGCAAGCCGGGGGCGGGGCCGGGGCCAGAGCAGAACCCCGGGUCUCCGCGGCCAUCGCUGACUGAGCUGUCCCUUCCCCUCACCCGCUCCACGCCCUCCUGGGCCGAGUGGAGUUGGGUGGUGUCAGCAGCCUCUCCCUGAGGGGCACCGCGGCUUCAGGAGCUGGGCCUCCAGUGCGGCGCGAUGUCAGGCGCCGUGACAGCUCUGUGAGUCCGAGGCCGCGGCCGUGGCGCUGGGCGGCUGCGGGGCCUGGCCGGUCCGCUCAUGGUGCCGCCACGACGCCAUCGCGGGGCAGGAAGGCCAGGGGUGCUGAGUUCUUCACCUUUCAGACUGAGAUCUGCCAAGUUUUCCGGCAUUGCUCUUGAGGAUCUCAGAAAGGCUCUUAAGACCAGACUGCAAAUGGUGUGUGUGUUUAUCAUGAACCGAAUGAAUUCCCAGAACAGUGGUUUCACUCAGCGCAGGCGAAUGGCUCUUGGGAUUGUUAUUCUGCUGCUUGUUGAUGUGAUAUGGGUUGCUUCCUCCGAACUUACUUCGUAUGUUUUUACCCAGUACAACAAACCAUUCUUCAGCACCUUUGCAAAAACAUCUAUGUUUGUUUUGUACCUUUUGGGCUUUAUUAUUUGGAAGCCAUGGAGACAACAGUGUACAAGAGGACUUCGCGGAAAGCAUGCUGCUUUUUUUGCAGAUGCUGAAGGUUACUUUGCUGCUUGCACAACAGAUACAACUAUGAACAGUUCUUUGAGUGAACCUCUGUAUGUUCCUGUGAAAUUCCAUGAUCUUCCAAGUGAAAAACCUGAGAGCACAAACAUUGAUACUGAAAAAACCCCCAAAAAGUCUCGUGUGAGGUUCAGUAAUAUCAUGGAGAUUCGACAGCUUCCGUCAAGCCAUGCAUUGGAAGCAAAGUUGUCUCGAAUGUCAUAUCCUGUGAAAGAACAAGAAUCCAUACUGAAAACUGUGGGGAAACUUACUGCAACUCAAGUAGCAAAAAUUAGCUUUUUUUUUUGCUUUGUGUGGUUUUUGGCAAAUUUGUCAUAUCAAGAAGCACUUUCAGACACACAAGUUGCUAUAGUUAAUAUAUUAUCUUCAACUUCUGGACUUUUUACCUUAAUCCUUGCUGCAGUAUUUCCAAGUAACAGUGGAGAUAGAUUUACCCUUUCUAAACUAUUAGCUGUAAUUUUAAGCAUUGGAGGUGUUGUACUGGUAAACCUGUCAGGGUCUGAAAAAUCUGCUGGAAGAGAUACAAUAGGUUCCAUUUGGUCUCUUGCUGGAGCCAUGCUCUAUGCUGUCUAUAUUGUUAUGAUUAAGAGAAAAGUAGAUAGAGAAGAUAAGUUGGAUAUUCCAAUGUUCUUUGGUUUUGUAGGUUUAUUUAAUCUGCUGCUCUUAUGGCCAGGUUUCUUUUUACUUCAUUAUACUGGAUUUGAGGACUUCGAGUUUCCCAAUAAAGUAGUGUUAAUGUGCAUUAUCAUUAAUGGCCUUAUUGGAACAGUACUCUCAGAGUUCCUGUGGUUGUGGGGCUGCUUUCUUACCUCAUCAUUGAUAGGCACACUUGCACUAAGCCUUACAAUACCUCUAUCCAUAAUAGCUGACAUGUGUAUGCAAAAGGUGCAGUUUUCUUGGUUAUUUUUUGCAGGAGCUAUCCCUGUAUUUUUUUCAUUUUUUAUUGUAACUCUCCUAUGCCAUUAUAAUAAUUGGGAUCCUGUGAUGGUCGGAAUCAGAAGAAUAUUUGCUUUUAUAUGCAGAAAACAUCGAAUUCAGAGAGUUCCAGAAGACAGCGAACAGUGUGAGAGUCUCAUUUCUAUGCACAGUGUUUCUCAGGAGGAUGGAGCUAGUUAGCUGUUGUCUGUAGCCCAGCACGAUAAUGGAACUAUACAGCGAAGAGACAAUCUCUGGCAAGUUUUUGUAGAAAAAAUGUUUCAGUGCCUAGUCUGAAAAAUAACAGUUUCAGUUCUUUGAAACUCUAAAAUAUAUUUUUCUCAUACCUGUUUUCUUCAUUUUCAUAAUGAAGCACUUUGCUAUGUAGCUGUGUACAUAUCACUACAGUUCUAGGAAGUUCCAGUCUACAGUCCAUCCAAAGGACCAACCUGCCUUACACAUCUCAAGGAAUUCAGCUGUUGAAAUCAUUUGAACUAAUCAAGGAAUAAAUCCUAAUGUUCCGGGACUUUAUUUUCACAUACUUGUUAAAUGCUGGAAUAUAUUAUAAAAAUGUUUUCAAGAAAUCACUUAAGUGUUCAUAGACCAGUGUUUCUGACAGGUAAAAUGCUAAAAUAAGCUACCUGUAGUAAGUAUGGAUGGUAUUUUUGGGUUUUGUUGAAUAUUGCAAAUUAACCACACAAAAAAUGUUUAAUUUAUGCAACAAGCAUGUUUGUGCAAAUUUCGUGGAACUUUAAAAAGAAUAAAUAUUUGAGAAAAUAUCUGAUUCACUUACACUACAUUUACUGUAUUAUUCUUUUAUAGCAUUAGGUGCCUUGUAUUUUAAAUCUGUGACAAACCAUGGCAAAUUUUUAAAGGGGAAGUAUUAUUAUAAAAUGAAGAAAUAUGUAUUUCUAAAGGCUAUAUUGCUGUAAACUUAAUUGAUAAAGCUCUGUUUAAUUUAGAGUUUUGAAGAAAUAGUCUCCCUUCAAUUAAGAAAUUUUCAUAAUGGAAUGAUUUAAAUUGAAGUGACAAAGAGUAUUAUUAAAAUACAAUGUUUAUAUGUGUAUUUGUGUAUUAUAGAUGUAUCAAGUGAUUUCUAAUUUUUUCUUAUAUGAAUAUGCCAGAUUACUCUAGAACUAGAUGCCUCUUCUUUAAAUAAUUUUAGUUUUCCUGAAUAAAUUUGUAAUGGUUAAAGUACCAAAGAAGGAAGGCGAGAAGGGAUUCUGUUUUUAAAAUCACAUCUGAACUGUUCCUCUACUAAGAUUAAAUUAAAUGUGAAAUACUCGUAAUUGCAAUUCUUAAUCUUAGGCACAUGUGCUCACUGUGCACCUGCUCCUGGACUCUAUUCACCAUAGUACCAGUAAACGUGUGUCCCAGGAUUCACAGGCUUUUGAUUAAUCAAUAUUCUUUUCAAGUUUUCUGUGAAUAGUUUAGUUCUCUUCAAAAUUUCUUAACUAAUCUGAUUUUUAAGAAUUCAGUUUGCAGUGUUUAGCUUCCUAUUCACAUUCUUAAAAUUGCUUUGGUGUUACCAUGAGUCGAAAAUGAAGUUUAGCCUUCCUUCUGCUUCAUUCUGAGAACUUCUUUAUUACCUUUAAAAAUUGUUUAUGAUAUUAAAUUUAAAAUACAAACAGCUCUCUCUCUCUCUCUCUUUUUUAAUCAUCCAGCCCAAAGUGGCAAAAACAGCUCUUUUCUCAUGUGGCACCACCAAUAACGCAAGUUAAAAAUAAUGUUGAGUUUAUUAUACUUUUGACCUGUUUAGCUCAACAGGGUGAAGGUAUGUAAAGAACGUGGACUUCUGAGGAAUUUUCUUUUAAAAAGAACUUAAGGAAGUAACAUUUUAAUUACUAAAGGACUACUUUUGGUUGAAGUUUAUUAUCUAGAUACCUCUACUUUUUGUUUUUGCUGUUCGAUAGUUCACAAAGACCUUCAGCAAUUUACAGGGUAAAAUAGUUGAAGUAGUGGAGGUGAAACUGAAAUUUAAAAUUAUUCUGUAAAUGCGAUAGAGAAAGAAGCUGAGCGUAGAAUCUUUUGGUUGUUCAUGUGCUCUGUGCUCCUCUUAUCACACAGGUCAUGUGUUGUCACUCAGGAUUCUGGAAGUACUAAGCCGUAGUUAACAGGCUGGAUAGAUCUUCAGGCAAUCUUCUUCCAGUAUACUGCUGCUUUUCUGUUUCUUAAAACAAAAAGUCAAAGAACAACUUCUUUAGAAGGAAGCACCACCACUCAAUUGGUUAACUGAAAGUAUGAAUCACUGCUGCUUCGCUUGCCCACCUGUUCUCUUUUUCUCACAGGUUUUAUUUCUCGGAAUGAUUGUUGCAUUUGAAUACUGUAGCCAUGGUGAGUGAGCAGUUGAAGACUUCCUUUCUGCACCUUCAUAGUUAAGGGUUCAUCUUCUCACGAAAUAAAGUUGUGCUGGGUUGCUUCAAUUCUGUGGAUUGCCUGGAAACUAGGUAACAAGGCCCUUAGAUCACAACGACCACGUUGCAGGUCUUUGGAAAUGCUGGGAAGGGGUUACAUUCAAGUAACUGCUGACAUCCUUCCUGUCUAUCAGAACCAUGUUGGCCUGUAAUUAUAUUUUUCUGAAUCUAAAAACAAAUAGAAAUUUCUG